GAAUAUUUUCUUUGGCCAACUGCAGAUUUUGAUCUUAUGUACAUUUUGAUAGCUUAGUUAGCUGUUGUAAUUAAUUAGAUCAUUUAAGGCAGAGUGAAGCUAACUGGAGUGUUCACUGGAACACUGCAGUGUUCCUGCUGUUAGACUGUACAGGGACUCCUCUUGCUUCUCUCUGGCCAUAAAGGGGACUGUGUCUUAACGUGGUCGUUUAGGCUUUAUCCCUAGUCAGUGCUAAUCUCUCCAAUUUUCUUCUUCUCUCUGAGGAUGACAGAAAUGGCUGCAUUUCUCUCUAUACCAGAAGUAUCAAUGACUAGAGCAGAGAUAGAAUUAAUCUUACUUCUAGGCCUCCACACGUGCUGCAGUGCACACAGCCUGUUGUCCUGCAAGUGCCUGCGGACUGGAGGCUUUCUCUUACCAUAAGAGCUUUCCCAGCUCACCAUCACUCUUCCUGAUCAGUUAGCAUUAGCAGUACACCUGUCCUUGGGAGGCCAUGGUAUAUGCUCAUUAAAACUGUUUCAGGAUUUUUCCUCAUUAAAAGUUUUUACAGGCUUUAAAGUAGGAAGGAGUCAAGCAUAUUUCCUGAACUGCUGAAUGCCUUGAAGCUCUGGCAGAGCUAGGUACUCGUCCUUUUCUCAUUCCUGCCUCCCCACCUUGGACCAUUGGCUCCUGAGGCAUGUAGUGUGAGUCCUGAAGUACCUGCAUCAGAAAUGUGCAGUGGCAACCAGAGUAAUUAAGGGCAAUCAUACUCCUUUCACUUUCUUUAUAUGGUGCAACAUCAAUGACUAGAACUAGCAAAGUAAUGCUCAAUUCACUAAAAUUUUGAGGGAAUAAAAGACUGUGAAAACAAAGAAGUGCAAGGCUGCAUUCACCUUUAAGGAGAUUAGCACAACUGAGGAACAGUCACACUCAUCUAACAGGGCUGGUUUCAAAUUGCUUCAGGUAUGAGCACAAGCAUUCUGAGACUUCUGCUUUGUGUUUGUGGGUUUCAACCUCAUUAUUUUUUUCUUUAAAAUGGUUCCUCAAAUCACAUAAACAUAACAAUGCAAAGAAGAGAAGAAAUAGGGGUGUAUCAACACCUGACAGAAACUAGUGAGACAUAACUGGGAGCCAGAAACAUGCACAGACACGAUGAAGUCUAAGCAUGCAGAUAAGCUGUGCUUUGCCCACGCCCAAGUCAGACACAAAACAGCUUCAGAAAGCUACAGAGCACUGGAUCUCCGAGUAACUCACUUCAGAAAAUCUUCACAAUGUUCCUUGCUAAAGCUUUGCUGAGCGGAGGAAGUGGAGGAAGUGGUAGCAGUCGUGGAGGAAGCCUUGCACGUGGCCUUGGAGGGCUCCUGACAGGAGGUGGAGGUGCAGGGAAUAUUGGAGGACUUGUUGGAGGUCUCGUCAACCUUAUAAGUGAAGCGGCAGCUCAGUAUAAUCCAGAGCCACCUCCACCUCCUCGCAAUCAUUUUACAAAUGUGGAAGCUCAGGAGAGCGAUGAGAUCAGACAAUUUCGUCGCCUGUUUGCCCAGCUGGCUGGAGAUGAUAUGGAAGUGUGUGCCACCGAGCUAAGGGACAUCCUGAACAAAGUCCUUUCCAGACACCAAGACUUGAAGGCGGAUGGCUUCAGCUUGGACACCUGCCGUAGCAUGGUCGCCGUCAUGGACAGCGACACAAGCGGCAAGCUGGGCUUUGAGGAGUUCAAGUACCUGUGGAACAACGUCAAGAAGUGGCAAUGUGUGUACAAGCAGUACGAUACCGAUCAGUCAGGCGCUGUUGGGAGAGCCCAGCUGCCCAGCGCCUUGAAGGCUGCGGGGUUCCAGCUGAACGAGCAGCUGUGCCGGGUGAUCGUGCGCAGGUACGCCGCCGAGGACGGCAGCAUGGAUUUCAACAGCUUCAUCAGCUGCCUGGUGCGGCUGGACAGCAUGUUCAGGGCCUUCAAGUCCCUGGACCAGGAUGGAAGUGGGCGCGUCAGAGUGACCAUUGAAGACUGGCUGCAGCUCACCAUGUAUUCAUGAAGGUGUGGCAAAGAAGUGGCUUUGCGUGGAAGAUUCACCUGGAGGACUUCACUCCUCUGCUACACUGCUGUAGUCUUUGCCUUUAGUCUUUCUAAGGCAGAUGUAGCUAGCGGUAGAUGGCUCAGCUUAAAGUGUAGUGAUUCCUCUUGUGCAUGCACUAGUCUGCUUUUCUGAGGGGUUUGUGUAGGUUGUUUAUUGGGCAGUUGCAUAAGUUCAGAAAAUUCUAGAUUCUAAGGUUAGGGAAUAUAGUGGAAAGACCAAAUCUUAGUUACUUUUUCAUGUAAAGUGGCUUGUAUACUAGAAUAACUAUUAUUUUUAAAAGCUCCUAAGUUUGGUGUUGAUGUUGCUGUUCUGAUUUGUCAGCAGUCACUAAGCUGGAAUAAAGGCUGUUUGCCUGAAGUCAGGCAGUCACUGGUAGAGUCUUGUGCAGUUAUUUCCAACAAGGGGAACAACAUUAGAGUUGCAAUAACUGUAAUGAUCAGUGAACUUACAUAAUCAUUCCAUUUCCUUUCUACUUCUGCUUUUCAUGCUUGGCUGCUGAAGCAAAACCUCAGUUUUACUGUCAGUUCUAUCUGGUGGCCAGGACAAAAUAGAAGACUUAUAUGAGGCUACUUCUGCAAUGAUCUCCUUCCUACAGUUCCAUGAACUAGUCUUUUCUCUCUUUCCUUCAAGCCUAAACAUAGUUAUAAAGCAAACAACUUAAAAUGCUACAUUUAUAUUUAGAGAAACUUGAAAUAAUUAUGCAGUCACAUAGCAGACAGAGAGCCAAAGUCAACUUUUGGCUAUAUGAGUGAAAUUUCAUCAGACUGCAGCAUCCCACUCAAGGUAGUUAUAUGCAGUUCUGGCUAAGAUGUCAAUUUCUGAGUAAAAAAAAAAUAAAAAUAAUAACAUGAACUGUCAAAACUGCAUUUCUUUGAAUUAAGGAUUACAUUUUGAUCAAAACAGCUCUUGCACAAGGCAGAUUUCUUGGCAAGGCUCUGCUGCUUUAAACGAAAAUUGUCUUGGGUGUGUGCGAACUGGCUGGAAUGUGAAAAGAGGAGUUAAAUCGGCAGCCUGGCACUAGAGGCAGUCUCCAGAUGUGAGAGUCCUCAUGCCCCUGCCCUUCCCCAGGGACACAGCAGUGACUAAUUGAGAAAUACCACUCAAUACCUGCAGGCCAUCGGCAUGUUAAUGGCAUGCUGUGGUUUGGUUUGGUCUGUAAAUUUCCAUAGCUUUGAUUUCUAAAUCUUGCACUUACACUUGGCAAAUAGUAUUUUUCAAAUUGAUGAGAUAUCCUCCCUGGUAUACUUGCAGAAACCUUUUACUUGAAACUAACUUACAACUUGUGCCCAGACUUUUUUCCUCCGGCACUUGGUUUAAUAGCAAACAGAAAAAUAUUCCUACUAUCCCAGAGAAAAGAGGCUAGUUCCUUCCUAAUGGCAUUCAGCCUCCUCCCAGUUCUUCAGUGGAAAAGCACUCAGUUAUCCAUUGUGCCAUGCCGUGCCAUUUGGGCUCUGAGUAAUAGAAGAGUAAGCAGGAGGUAAAGUGUGAUAUCCUCCUCAAAAGUAUUGAUGCUGUAGUACUUUAAGCUUUAUACUGCAUCUGGCUUGCAGUCCCUGUGCACAUCUAAAUAUACUUACGACAGUGCAACUUUCUUGUUUUCCAAAGUCUAAGACUUACUGUAUUAUAUAAAAAAACCAAUAACAAAACCAACAUCAAAAGAUCAAUCAAAAGGAUUGGUUAGACCAUCAACAUAAAGAAAAUAGCAGCUGUCUAUGCAAAAGAGUCCUGCAUUGGUUUUGAAGGCUAAAUGAAAUUAUAUCUUAGAAGAUUUAAGUCCUGUGAAAUGUAUAGCUUGAUGAUGACAAGUUAUUAAUACUGAUUUCAUUAUGUUAUUACACAUAUUUUGUCAGUCAAGAACCAUCUCAAAAUCUAAAUUCAAUUACUGAAAUCCCUGUUUCAUAGCAUCCAAAAUUUUCAAAGCACUCUACAAGGCAGCCUUAGUAUCUCCCCUGGCAUAUUGCACUGUUCAGCAGCAGAAAACCAAGAGCAGAAAGGUUAAGGUUGGUGUGCUCUUGUGGACAUUAGAAGUUGGUAGGAGAGCCAGAAAUUGAAUCCUGGUCUGGCUCUUUGCUGCAGAUUUACCCAGCAGACCACCCCUCACUCACUUGGCUGAAAAAGUUUUAUGUUGUUCUCAUAUAUAGGGACUCCACUUUUUAAGAAAAUGUUUUUCUUGUUGAAAUGCAAAACACAUUAUCCACAAAGGGAACUCUGCUUUACACUUCAGUUUGCUUUUAAAAAUUUUCUUAUGAAUGCCCUUAUUGUGAAUAUUCAAAACAAUGUCUUCUUGUCUACUUGUCAACUCUAUUAUGCUGUCAUUACCUGCUCUGUGUCCCACCAUCUAAGACAUGCAGGUGGCUUUUGCCCAGACAGAUGUUUCCCAAAACACUCAAGAAACUUCCAGUGUGGUGACGAAACACUACUGACAUAAGCAUAGAUUUCAUCAGGCAUCUGCCAUUCUCCCUGUCUGCAAAUAUAAUGCAGCUUACACAGAAUUAAUCACAAAUCCCAUCAAAGCAAGCUUCAAAUGUUUUGUUGAUGUAGCUUUGUAGUUAACACAUUGAAAUGUUUGUUCAGAUCAAAACUGGAAUUAUUACAGAGGCUGUUCCAAUGAAUUCCUUGCCUUUCUGGCUUAAAAGGUAGGGCAGUGCAUUGGCUUCCAAAUAGCAGGUAGGACAGUGCAUAGGCUUCAGAGGAAAGCUUAAGAUAAACCAGGUAGAUUUGGUUGUCCUUUCACUGACAUAUGUUUUAUUGCUGAAGGUCAGACUCAAAGCAGCAGCCUCACUCUUGGCCUGUUGAUUCUGCAUUGUGUUGCAUUGGUCUCUGAACUUCAGCAAGUGCCAGUGCUGCAUGCACUGCUACAGUUACCUCAAACAUGUGGAUUCCAGUUAUUCUUAGAGACUUCCUGAAGGCCAUGUACUAAAGAAUCUUUUUUUUUUUUUGGUAGGUUUUUUUGUUCAUAAA